AGAUGGUGCAGACGGUGCAGAGACAUCGCCUGGGUGUGCAGCCAAGUAUCGUUUAUCGUUUAACAUUCAGUGAACAACAAAGAUAAAAUAAUUAAUAUCUGUCUCGGAUCUCUCUUUAGGGUCGGUUGUUCCAACUUCUUGGUAAAUUUAUCUACCAGGUAAAUUUCCCAAGAAAUUGGAACAACCGACCCCUAAUCAGGCAGAAGCUGAAAUUGCUGAGAAUGGACAGAGAAAGCUGAUCUUCCCUUGGUGCCUAUUUGAUGCGCAGUUUGAUGAUCUGAGAUGUACAAAUUUACAUACGAAAUAUUGACACAAAGAUUUAACUACCAAAUAAGACAACAUCUUACAAAGCUCGUUCAUUGACUUUGUAUUGUAAUUUACGUAUUAUGAUAAGUGAACGAAACAUGGAAACUGAAGCAUAUAGAACGCCGAUACAGAAUUUCUAUGCCGGACAGUCGAUCUUCAUCACAGGGGGUAGCGGAUUUCUAGGGAAAGUCUUGAUUGAGAAACUCUUACGAAGUUGUGCCGAUAUUUCCACAAUAUAUUUAUUGAUACGAUCAAAGAAAGAUAAACACCCCGACAGUCGACUAGACGAAAUAUUUGAAGAACCUCUUUACGAUCGAGUAAAAGAGGAAGUACCCGAUUUUCGCCAAAAAGUCGUCCCUAUUAUAGGCGAUUUAAAUGUCGAAGACUUUGGAUUGUCAGCAAAUGACAAGAACAUGCUAAUAAAUGAAGUAUCGAUAAUUUUUCAUAUGGCAGCGAACGUACGUUUUAACGAAGAAAUCAAAGUUUCUGCAGCAGCAAACAUUGACGGUACUGCUAGUAUCUUAAAGCUAGCAAAACACAUGACAAAUUUAAAGUCAUUUAUUCACGUGUCAACCGUAUAUGCGAACUGCUUUGUGAACCAUAUUGAAGAACGAUUCUACUCAUACCCUAUUAAUCACAAAAAUCUUAUUAUGUUUACACGUAAUUUAUCUGAAAAUGUAAUCAAGAAAAAGAUAUCUAGAAUCAUGUCACAAUGGCCAAAUAUUUAUACAUUCACGAAAGCAAUUGCGGAAGGACUUCUUAGAUGUGAAAGCGGAAAUUUACCAGUCGGAAUAUUUCGGCCUGCAAUAGUUUUAUCUAGUGCCAGUGAGCCACUCGUUGGAUGGAUCGACAAUAUGUAUGGGCCACUUGGCAUUGCCGUAACUUCAUUACUUGGCUUAACAAGAUUUCAUCAUUGUGAUUGCAAUGUCAAGGCAAAUAUAGUGCCAGUCGAUUUCACUGCAAAUGCAUUAAUUGCUAGUGCUUGGGACGUCUUUAACCAAUCCAGGAGAGGCACAGAUAUGUUAAUUUAUAAUUUCGUAUCACCAAUUGAUGGGCCUACUUGGAAUGAAUAUACUCACACAUUUCUCGACAUAAACAAAACAUAUCCCUUGAGAAAUGCCAUAUAUAUACCCUUAAUGAUUCACUUACGACAUAAAGUAUCCUACAAAAUUUGUACUUGGCUUGGUCACUUUCUUCCAGCUUUAUUUAUGGAUAUUGCAAGCAUUUGUAUAAAUCGUAGUCCGAGUAUGUGGAAGUUGUAUACAAAAAUCGACAAAAUCACCGAAGCAACCGGAUAUUUUUGUAAUAAAGAGUGGACUUAUUCUACUGACAAUGUUCAUGCAAUGUGGAAUCGUCUCAAUGAAAAGGAUCAACAAUUAUUUAAGUUUAACAUGAUAGAAUUUAACUGGGCAAAAUAUUUUAUUGGUCAUUAUCAGGGUUUACGCCUCUACAUACUCAAGGAUGAUGAGAGUACUUUAGAAAUCAGCCGUAUUAAAUAUAAAAGAUUUUAUUGGAUACACCAAAUGAUAAAAGUUGUAUUUAUUUUUGCUGUCUUUUGGAUCAUCUUAAUUAUAUUUAAGAAAUUGUUUAUAUAAUGUUAACAUUAUGAUAUUUAUAAUCUUAUCAUUUUGUUUUACUUUUGCUUUAUGACACAUCUAAUACUUUAUCAUGUAUGCAUUCUCUUUUUUUCUGCAAUUGCAAUAAUUUAAUAAAAUAAUAAAAUAAUAAGUUAGCUAUU